AUGAAAGUACUCACGAAAUCAGCAAUAACAAUUCAAGCAUUUUUUAAAAUUGCCAAAGGCGAACAAGAACUACAACAAGACAACUUUUUCGGACCUCAACCGACACAUUCUUAUUUAUCGUACUUCAAUAAUAAAGUGUGGACAACAUUACCACGAACCGCAGGUCAAUUUCAAAAUCCACCUCCGCAAACAUUUACCAAUUUUCAACCGAGUAACCUAUCUUAUCGACUGAAUCCUCCGAACGUUCGAUUGCAUCCAUCUAAUCUGCAAGCAUCGCUUCCUGAAUCCUAUAACCUGGUAUCACAACGCACACAUGAUCCGUCAUCCGACACAUUGCACCAACAUACGCGUCAGCAUGAUCCUUGUUCCAUCUGUCACCGAAUUAACCAUCGUACAAUUGAUUGCUAUUACAAAAAAUUGAAUGGAUGUUGGAAUUGUGGACAUUCCGGCCAUCGAGUACGUGAUUGCCUAUGUAUCAAAUGA